UUUUGCCUUUGUUUGUUAUGCACAUAGUUUGAGUGCUACAAAUAUAUGUAGAAAAAAGGUGAGGUGGUUACCUUGAAGAGUACAACAAAAUCACCCAUGAUGUCUUCUAAUAUGUCUGUCUAUCCAGUCUUCUCUGCUGUUUUGACAAUGGAAACACUAAAACUUGCACCACCACAAAAUUAUCCUGCAUUCAUCUUUGGGACUAUAACCUAUUUAAGCAUUGUCCUUUGUAAUACAAUGAUUCUUUAUGUUAUUGUCAUCAGUAAAGAUUUGCAUAAACCCAUGUAUAUUUUAUUAUUCAACAUGCCACUUAAUGACCUGGUGGGUGCAACUGCUUUUUUCCCACAUAUGGUCUCUAGUCUUUUGUCCCAGAAUAUUUUUAUAUCCCAUCUUGCGUGCAUCUUCCAAGCAUUUCUUGUGCACUUGUAUGGAGCUGGAGCCCUUCUCAUUCUAACCGCCAUGGCAUAUGACAGGUAUGUUGCCAUAUGUAAGCCUCUGAGGUACAACUCCAUUUUCACAAACGGUUACCUGAUUAAACUCAUCGUUCUCAUGUGGACUGUGGACUUCAGCCUGAUCAUCAUUUUGUUUACAUUACUCACGCGGCCUAAAAUUUGCAGGACAGAAAUAAUGGAUCCGUACUGUAGUAACCCUGCUUUGGUUAGGCUUACGUGUGGUGACACAACGAUGAAUAACUAUUAUGGUCUGUUUAUAACUGCAUUUUUCCAAGGCUUAUCAUUGUCUGUGGUGAUUUACACUUACUUACGCAUUUUGAUUGCUUGUGUCUCAUCAGCAAAUAGAACAAACGCAAGAAGCAAAGCACUCCAAACCUGUGCCACACAUUUGGCAGUUUUCUUGAUUUUUGAGGGCACGAUUUUGUUCAAUGUACUUUCUUAUCGCAUACAAGGUUUACCAAUAGGUCUGCAUAAGUUUUUUGCAUUAAUGAUGCUUACAUUUCCUCCUUUUGUAAACCCUUUAAUAUAUGGCCUGAAGACUAAAGAAAUUAAACAGAAAAUUACCAUUGUCUUCAGUAAAAAUAGAAUAACUGUUCAUUAA